CUGAGAGCUCAUCAGAGGGAAAAUGGGACACAAAUGACAAGGCUGAGCGCGCUGACAGCAUUCCUCGUUAUUUUUCGCCACUUUAGACACCACUCAGGAUAAAUCGUACAGCAGUGAGUUGAUGUAAGAAUCCCUAAAGGGUAGGCUAUUUUUUUUUCUGUCUGUGCUUGCCCAUAAAAAUCGCACACUUUUGGAUCAUCUUGAUGGGCCCGCUAUGAUCUCCAGUCUGUAAUUUUGUUCCAGAAAUGCUGUUUUUUCACCAGUUAGACCGCCUUUUGGAGCCGUUGGCCACAUGUGGAUUGUUGUCCCGCGGAACAGAAGAGUUACAUUUAAUCUCACGGAUGGUGAUGUAAUUACUCAGAUUGAUUUGGAUACGUUGGAUUUCCUGGAUCAUACCCAAAGCAAGGCAACGUAGAGGAGACUGGGACGUUGGAGAAAGAAACAGUACAUCUCCCACAACCUUUGGCUGGGAAUAAUUCCAGACAAUGCUUCACUGUGCCAGCUGUGAAAAGCCUAUUCUCGAUAGGUUCUUGCUCAAAGUUUUGGACAGACCGUGGCACAUCAAAUGUGUCCAGUGCUGCGAAUGUAAAUGCACUUUGACAGAGAAGUGUUUUUCACGAGAAGGAAAACUGUAUUGUAAGAAUGACUUCUUUAGGAGAUUUGGGACCAAGUGUGACGGGUGCGCCCAGGGGAUUUUACCCAGUGAUCUGGUCCGCAGGGCCAAGAGCAAAGUGUUUCACCUGAACUGUUUCACCUGUGUGAUGUGUAACAAACAGCUGUCCACCGGAGAGGAACUGUACAUCCUGGAUGAAUUCAAGUUUGUCUGUAAAGAGGACUAUCAGAACAAUAACGGGAAAGACACAAUCCUCCUCUCAGUCACGACGUGCAGCGACCCAAGUCUGUCUCCAGACUCCCAGGACCCGCAGGACGACGGGAAGGACUCAGAAACUGGACAUUUAUCUGAUAAAGAUGCGUGCAACAACGAAAAUGACGAGCAGAGUGCCGUCGGGAAGCGACGCGGGCCUCGGACCACCAUUAAAGCAAAGCAACUGGAGACCCUGAAAGCGGCGUUCGCGGCCACGCCGAAACCCACCAGGCACAUCAGGGAGCAGCUGUCACGGGAGACCGGCCUCAGCAUGAGAGUCAUCCAGGUGUGGUUCCAGAAUCGGAGGUCCAAAGAGAGACGCAUGAAGCAGCUGAGCGCCCUGAGCGGCCGGAGACACGUGUUUUUCCGCGGCCAGAGGAGGAUGAGAGCGCUGGGAGAGAGACUGGAACCAGAGGAGCUCGGACACUUCUCCUAUUAUGGAGAUUAUCCUGGUGAAUACUAUGGCUCAGGAGGGAAUUAUGAGUACUUUCAAGGCCCACCAUCAUCCCAGGCUCAGACUCCAGCAGACUUGGGCUUUGUGCCCUCCUCUGUCCCCGCUGGCACCCCAUUAGGAGUCAUAGACCACCACCAUCCAGGGCACCACUGUCCUGGAGAGUUGCAGUGUUUCUCUGACACAGUAUCCCAUCAUCCUGCGGACUCACCCAGCCCAGAGCCCAAUAUUGCGGGCUCAAUGCACAGCAUCUCCAGUGAGAUGUGUGGCCCCGGCACGCCCUACACCACUGUGUCCCUCAGUGACAACGGAUACACCAACCAGCUGUCACAACCCUCCUCAGAAAUGAGCGAAGGCACUGUCUGGUAAUCAGCAGACACCCAACUAUAAGGCACACUUGGAUUUUGAAGGCAAAUCAAUGCUUUUUUUGUUUAUUAUUUAAAUGUACAUUUAUCUAUUUAUUUAUUUAUUUAUUUAUGUAUUUAUUUAUUUAAUUGCUUGCAUUUCUGUUGAGCUCUAUUUAACUAUUUAUAAAUCUCUAUAUUUGUAUGUUGGUAUAAUUGUUUAUUGACUAGCCAAUCAAUAGAUUGUUUUAAAUAGUCCACGUGAAUUUGACUCAUUAAUACGUUCACAAUGCUGGGCUUCAUUGAUCAAGCAAUAAACAAACACAUUUAUAUGCUGCAGAAAGUGUUUUUUUCAGUGUUUACAAAACCUUUUCUGCCAUAUAUUUGACAUUAUUGUACCUAAAAUGUUAAUGUGAAGGUGCAUGAAAGCGUUUUUUUUUUAAUCAUCUUUCAGUGUGUUAGACAAACAGCACCCACCACCCAUGAGUUCUUCAUGUGUAAUACAAGAUUUUAUCAUUUAAUAACAGAUUAUGAUUGUGAUGUUCAAUACAUUUGACCAAAAACCUCUCUCAGGACCGUGGAAACAUUGUUUUUGUUUAUUUUUAUUUGUCAGGCAUUUCAUUUUCAUUAUGUUAUUGCCAACACGUUUGCCUUCAAAAGGAUAUCUUUAUAAAUCUGAAAAUUUUAUAUGUAACAGAAAAUGAUUUGAGUUUACCAUGACAAGAGUCAAACGGUAUAUAUAGAAUAAUGGACAACUGUACAGAACAGUCAACUGUUUACUUAAAGCUCCAGUAUUCAGGGGUUUGAAUAUCAGCAUUGUGUAAAACCUCUUGAUUCCGACAGACAGACCAUUUAAUGCAAACAAACCAAACUUUUGUAGCUGUUCUAUUUAUGUGGUGACUCACUGUGCUAGUUUGUACUAUGUCCUCAUUAAGAAUACAGAAAAUGCUAAUAAACGGUUGCCAAAUGAAUGCACAGCAGAACCCUGCAACUUCAGUUGUGAGACGCAGCACUUUUAAAAGUGUUGGAUGUUUGUAGUAAAAACAGUUAGCCAAACAGCCAAGGCACAAUGGUUUUGUCCUUAUGGAUCAAAAUGUCCAGUUAUUUACAUUGAUGGUCCCAUACACUGCCAGCAGCAGCAAUGUUUUUUUUUUUUACAGGAGAUAUAAAUGAUUGUUCCAGUUAAGUUUAUGAGACAGAUGUUUACGACCAUUCACUGUAUAAUAAAACACAUACCGAACAUUG